AUGACGUUUCGGGGCCGCCGUCAAAAGCCGCCGCCGCUCCCGGCAUGGCCCAGCUGGCCGCCGCCGCCGCGCUCGCCCUCGCUUUCCUCGUCUCCGCCUUCCUCUCUGCCAUCCACAAGGUGGAGGAAGGGCACAUCGGCGUCUACUACCGCGGCGGCGCGUUGCUGACCGCCACCAGCGGGCCCGGCUUCCACCUCAUGCUGCCCUUCAUCACGUACUACAAGUCAGUGCAGACCACCCUGCAGACUGAUGAGGUGAAAAACGUUCCCUGCGGGACCAGUGGAGGAGUGAUGAUUUAUUUUGACAGAAUCGAGGUGGUGAAUUUCCUGAUCCAGAGUGCAGUCUAUGACAUCGUGAAGAACUACACUGCUGACUAUGACAAAGCUCUGAUCUUCAACAAGAUUCACCACGAGCUGAACCAGUUCUGCAGUGUCCACACGCUGCAGGAGGUCUACAUUGAGCUGUUUGCCCCUCCUGGGAACACUGCUGUCCUGAGAGCCUGUCCCUGGAGCAGGGAUCAGAUUGAUGAAAACCUGAAACUGGCCCUGCAGCAAGACCUGACUACAAUGGCCCCCGGCCUGAUCAUCCAGGCAGUUCGAGUUACAAAGCCAAACAUCCCUGAAACAAUCCGGAGGAAUUAUGAGCUGAUGGAGAGCGAGAAGACGAAGCUGCUGAUUGCAGCCCAGAAGCAGAAGGUGGUGGAGAAGGAAGCAGAGACAGAAAGGAAGAAAGCCCUGAUUGAGGCAGAAAAAAUUGCACAAGUCGCUGAAAUAACCUAUGGACAGAAAGUGAUGGAGAAGGAAACAGAGAAGCGAAUUUCAGAGAUUGAAGAUGCUGCAUUUCUGGCCCGAGAGAAGGCCAGGGCUGAUGCUGAGUGCUACACUGCCAUGAAGGUCGCCGAGGCUAACAAGCUGAAGUUGACUCCUGAGUACCUGCAGCUGAUGAAAUACAAGGCUAUUGCAGCAAACAGCAAGAUCUAUUUUGGCAAAGAUAUUCCCAACAUGUUUAUGGACUAUGCAGGAAGCCAGACCAAAUUUGCAGAGGGACUAGCAGAAGGAAUCCAAGAAGAGGAAGGGGGAGGAACCAGUGAGGACACAAAACUACUUCAUAAUGUCAACUGAAAAGAUUUCUAUUUGGCUGAUAACAAAAGAAACAUGAACUGGGAAGUUCCUUUUUUGCUUUCCCCAUUUGUUCUACUGAAAGAGAGGAAUCAGACUUAAUACUUUCAAUCUUUUGUAUGACAAUUAGACUCAAAGACUUUGUUAUUUAUGGGGUGUUUUUUUUCCAGUAACUUGUAUGCAGCCAGCUCCAGGAAUGCCCUCUACAUGCACCUCUCCCUCUGGGACGUGUAGACCAAAUUACUCUGGAGAGGCUACCUAGAGUGUUCUGCAGCCAGCUUAGAGGGGCACUUAGUUAAUUUUGGGUUGAGAUGGUUUGUAGCAAUUAGCAGUAAAGACAUGUUGAAGUUUUGAAGGGAAGGGAAUUGCUGCUACAACUCAUUUUGGUUUGGUUUGGUUUUUUUUCCUUGUUGGAAAUUCCAGUACUUUUAUUUCAUACCCCCUUAAAAAAAGAAAAAAAGGGUGCUAGACUUUUGUACACUACUUGUGUCUGAAGGCCCAGGCCUUGUCUAAGUGGUAGGUUACUGCCUGGGAUGUGAGACAGUCCAAGAGGCUGUGUCCACACUCCAGGCUCUUCCUGAACAAAUGCACAAAAGCAUCCCCUGGUUUGCCUGGGAGAGCAGCAAGUUCCACAAGUUCAGCUGCAACCCUGCAGGUUACCCAGUGAGUGUGGGGGGAUGGAAGCCUCAGACUGUGUCACAGGUAGUGCCCCAGACUGUUUAUUUUCUGCAUCUUAACACUGCUUUGUUUUCCCUUUGUCAUAUUUGGGGAGGAUGUGGCUUGAGAGUUUUUGGCAGCAGGGUACCUGCUAGGUGGGAGGUGGAGGCAGUGUCCUGGGCAGGCAGCAGUUGGACUUGGAUGUCCAGUGAGACCAGAGUGGAAGCCUCAUUCUGGUCACAGCCAUCAGAGCUAGAGAAACUGGGGAGAAAAGAAUUUUUGUCUCAGGGACCCUGACUUUGCAAAAAGCUUUCCUGGCAAGUAGCUGCUGGAAUGACACUGCCAGGGUCAGAGCAGUUUAUUACCUGACUCUGCAAGAGCAACUGGACUAAAUGUUUACAGUGUCUUCCUCAAGAAGACAUUCAGGUAAACUGAAACAAACAGAACCAAGUUACUGUUCAUUUUGGGUUUGGUUUUUUUUCUGAGUAGACCUUGUGCAUUGAAGUUUUCCUAGUAGCAAAGCACACAGAACAUCAUACUGAAAAGGCACAGAGCAAAGAAAAUAGUCUCUGGCCUGUCCCAAGACAAGUUUUCCUUCUAUGCUCAGAAGGAUGCUAUGGAAUGUAUGAUAUAUUAACAGCAACACUCAUCAAUUCCCCACAUACCAGCUGCAAAGAGGUAACAAGAGCUUGUCUUGUACAUAUGCAAAACUUGACCUAGUAUUAAAGACAAAAGUCCAGGCCUGGAGAGCAAAGUUUUUCUUUCCCUAAUCCAUCUGCCACUUGGCAGGAGAGCCUCUUUAUUAACUACAGUGCUAAUUUGCAGCCAGCACACUAAUGGCAGGUGAUGCAAGGGUGAGUGCUGAGCUGUCAGAGACUAGCACGUUGCCUUUACAAUCCUGUGUCCCAAACACUUGGUGUCACUUGUCAGUGUCUCACACAUGCAUUAACCUUUAACAAGGCAAUCACACUAAGAUGCAAACCUGCUUAAUUGGAGCUGUUAGUUCCAGUCUUUUUAUUAGUUUUCCUUGUUAAGAGAGUGACUUGUUGAGACUUAGGAGGACUAGUCCCAUCUCCUGUGUCUCAUCUUUGUAGAUGUUAGAAAACAGGAGCCAAGGGAAGUUCCUUCUUUGUAUUAUGUUGGAAAACAGGAGCCAACUGUGCACUGCAGGGGGGAGCACAGCAGUGGAAAAAUGGCAGCAGUAGCUCUAAGCUGUGAUAUUGCUGACUUUUAUGAGCAAGGAAGAGCAGGGACAUAAAUGGUACCUAAGCCUUUGAGGAUGAUCUUGUUUGGCAAUGUUAGACAUUUCCAUUAACAACUACAAACUCCUUUUUAUGUAAGUGUUUUUCAUGAAUAAAAAGACCCAAAUAAAUGGAAGUGGUAUUAUAAACUGUGUUCAUGCAUGGUAGGAAAAUGGUUUGUAAUAAAUAGGUCUUAAUGAAUUUUUUAAAAUUGAAAACAUUACUGUUAAAGUAUUCCUGUAAUUUAGUUGAAGUGUGAGAGUACAAAAAACAGUUGCAAUCUUACCAGCCUUGACAAGCCAGAAUCUAUUGUUUUCAUUCAGGUUUUUCAUUGUAUGUAUAAUUUCCUUGAUCUUCCAGAUUAGGUGUGUCACUACCUGUAAAUCUUUAUUCCAGCUCUCUAACUGAGAUUUUGUCCAAAGCUCUUGAAAUCUUGACAUGAAGAGCUGAGUUAUAAAACAGCUGUCUAAUAAAGAAAACACAGCUUUGUGGCAAUGCUGGUGCCUGAGAGUGGCUUUUGGAAAUGUCUUGUGUAUGAAGUUAAAAGCCUUUUUAUUUUAGUAUUUGCUAUGACAAUAAAAUGGCCUUCAAUUUUA